AUGGCCUCCCUCCCUGAACAGCAGAUGGCAACACCCAUCAUUGACACACAGUUCCUGGAAGAGCUCGAGGAGCAUCUAAGACCUCAUGAUGGUGCCUUCUUCUGGGUAGUCAAGGUUCUCGACGAAUACUACUGCCAGAGGAGCAUCAGCAUCGAAGCUCUCUGGGCCUGGAUCUACAUGACCCUAUACAACAGUGGAACUCUAGGUCUUAUAGAGGAAUGUGAGAGGUUCUUGCUGCCAGAAGGAUGCGACCUCGAGAGACUUGACGCUAUCGCAACAGAAAUCUCCCGGCACGCCGAUCAGCCCAGAGAGGUGGAGACGAUGCUUCAUCGAUUGGGUAUCCCGAUCCAGAAAUGGGAUUGGUACGAGUUCGACAACAGGUGCAGACUUGUCCGUCUCGGUGGACUCCAGCCUGCACCAUUGGCCCCAAUCACGCUCGGCACCAGACACGAUAUAUUCGCAAAUCGACUUGCGCAGAUCGUAAAAACGAUGCCCUCACAACAUCUUGCCGAACUGAACAACAACUCUCCAGUCACUUCUUCGGUAACCACAAGCCAGCCUCAGACAGAUCAUCUCAACGCAGCGCAGCAGAACAACAACUUUAUGCUUGAUCCUCAGCUCGAACAGUCGGAUCUCGAAUUAACCAUGUCGCGCAACGGAUCGCUGGCCUCUCAAUCUUCCUGGAAGAAGACCCCAAUGCAGCUUCCUGCCCCUUCGCCAAACUUUCCUAUCUCGGACAUGCGCAACGAGGGCAACGGCAAGCAGUCCAUGGGACCACCACCUCUCCCCCAGCGUAUCGACGGUCCUCAUGUUGAACCCCUUCACAAACCCAUCGAAGCUCCCAACGCUCACGUUGAGCCCCUGAACCCUGCCCGCGCUCCUAACCUCGCCGGCUUGCCUUCCCAGAAGCAAGCUGAACUUGUUCUCCAGCAGCUUCGCGACCAUGCCGAGCGUCAGAAGGCUCGCGAGGGCAAAUACAGAAGCGUCGCCGAUGAGCUGAAGAGGGGUCAGAACCAGGUUUAG